UGCAGGUGCCGGAAGUGACGCUUGUUCACAAAAACAGAUUUACAUGAAACUGAAACUGAGUUGAAAGAAUCAUCAAAUUCUUUCCUGAGAAUCUUUCUACAGACGGUCGAGUUGAGAUCGAGUAAUGGCACAGAACAGAAGUGGUUACACUCGCUUCGAGAACCCAGCAGCAGAUGACAUCCGCACGGAUCAGACUCCGCCCAUAGGGUUUGUGAUGCCCCCCGCUUAUGAUGCUGGGGUACCGAUCUCCGCACCUCCGUAUCCUCCACCUACUGCUUUUGGGAACCCCACGUAUGGCCAGAGCGAUCCUGGAUGUCCACAAACACAGUAUCCUCUGGCGGCUCCUCACACGCCUGUUUCAUAUGUGAUCGAGCCCGUGCAGAUGGACCCGCCUCCAGACUAUGACGUGGAGCAAUUCGCCUUCUCCGGACUGGACGACAAAACCGUCCGCAGGCUUUUUAUUCGAAAGGUGUUUGCAGUAUUGAGUCUGCAGCUGUUCGUUACCUGUGGCGUGGUGGCCAUCUUCACGUUCGAGCGACAUGUCAAACUCUUCGUGCAGUUGAACAACUGGACGUACUGGGUCGGUUAUGUGGUCUUUCUUGUGCCGUACUUCAUCCUCUCGUGCUGCAGUCAGUUUCGCAGAAAACAUCCGUGGAAUCUCAUUGCUUUGACCGUUUUGACUCUGGCCAUGAGCUACAUGAUAGGUGUGAUAUCCAGCUUCUAUGAUACAGACAUUGUCAUCAUGGCUGUCGGCAUCACAGGGUUGGUUUGCUGUACAGUGAUGGUCUUCUCUCUUCAGACCCGCUUUGACUUCACUUCCUGUUACGGCGUGCUCUGCGUGUGCUGCACCGUGCUCUUCUUCUUUGGUAUCCUCUGCAUCUUCCUUUACAGCAGGAUUAUGGAUCUGAUCUACUCGGCUCUGGGCGCUCUGCUCUUCACCUGCUUCUUGGCUGUGGACACACAGCUGCUUCUUGGGAAUAAGAAAGUGUCUCUGAAUCCUGAGGAAUACAUCUUCGCAACACUCAGCCUCUAUCUGGACAUCAUCUACAUCUUUUUAUACAUUCUGCGGAUUGCGGGAAUAGUUCGCAGUUAAAAUAGCAUAAUAGGAGCUGAGGCUUGUCCAGAUGAAACCCAAGUCAUUCUUUGUGUUUUUGUGAAUUUAGCGGGAUUGUGUCAACGGUCAGUCCCUGUGUGUACUGUAGUGGCCAAAGGAAAAGUUUAGAGGGAUUAUUUGUGCAAUAUAUGCUUUCAAUGUUCCCUUUGGUUCAAUUAAAGCAUUCAAAUAUGAGGGAUUGGUCUGGAAAUGAGCCAAAACAUCACAGUGUACUGGGAAACCUGGGUUUCAUUUGAAAAUACAAAAUUCCUAUUUUUUUACUUUUACUAAAAUUCAGGAGUUUUAUUAUGAAUAAUAUUUUGUUGAUUUUCUCUUGUUUUUAAUUCCAGCAGUGAUUCUCCUGAUGUCUGUUCUGUCUUGCCAAACCUUCUUAACCUCUUAUCAAAGCUGAGCUUCCGUUUAUACUGAGAGUUAACCCAACUUCACAACACACAUACAAUAAUAUAUUUGAAGAAAGGGUGAAGACGUCUAUGUUUCAUAUUGAACAUCACUUAGGCCUCUACUGUAGAUGUUUUAUUACACACUUCAUUUACAUUUAUGUAUUUGGCAGAUGCUUUUAUCAGAAGGGACUUAUACACAUUACAAUACACAUUAGUGUUCACACUUUAACAGUUAAGUGUUUUUAUUCUCUCGUUGCUCAUUUGCAUGCUUUCUUGAAUUAGAACAUACUGUUUCUGAUACUUUUGCAAGAAUUGGUAACAUGCAGGAUUUUAUUUUGUUUCUUAGUUUUUUUACAGUGUUUUUCUCCGACGCAUCUAUUACCUGCAGUUGUGCAAAGAUGAUUGUUAAUCAAAUUAUAAUUUAGCAUUUUUAAUGAUUGUGAUUUGAUUUUGUAUGAUCAUGAGCCUUUUCAUUAUUUUUGUAGCACAUUCUAUAUUACAGAUCCGUGAUAUGUUGUUUUUAUACAUUUUUAUUUCUUUAUGGUGUUAUAGUACAAUAUGCAUCAUUUCGGAUUAAAGAUUUUUUUCUCAAAGAUAA